AUGAAGCCGCGAAAACUAUAUUCUCUGGCACUCUCACGUGCUCUAUCACGUGCCCUAACCUCUUCAACCACACCGUCUCAAUGCGCGUUUCCCUUGAAGACGGUUACCGUCGCAAACUUUGAGCCGUCGUUAGAGGAGCUCCGGCACCAUGUCCGAUCGUCAGACUUCGUCGCCAUCGACCUUGAGAUGACCGGCGUAACUAGCUCUCCUUGGCGUGAGUCCUUCGAGUUUGACCGCUCCGACGUCAGGUAUCUCAAGAUCAGAGACUCCGCCAGCAGGUUCGCCGUCGUUCAGUUCGGCGUUUGUCCGUUCCGAUGGGAUUCAUCCAACCAGUCAUUCGUAGCUUAUCCGUACAAUUUCUAUGUUUUCCCACGUCAGGAGCUUGCUGGUUUCGGCCCAUGUAAUGAAUUUCUUUGUCAGACUACUUCGAUAAAUUUCUUGGCUAAAUACCAGUUUGAUUUCAAUGCGUUCAUACAUGAAGGAAUAUCUUAUUUGUCCAGAGAACAAGAAAAGGAAGCAAUAAGGAGUUUGAAUUCAAUGCAUGAUAGUGAGUGUUCAAACAUUUCUAAAUUAAAUGAUGUUAGGGACCUACCAUCUAUCAACAUGGCAGACAUUUUGUUCACUGAGCGAAUGAAAAAUAAGUUUAGUGAGUGGCGUGAUGGAUUAUUACAGGAGCAAAGUCAACCAAACCAAAUUCAAGGAACUAGAAAAGACUCGAAACAACGAUUUGACGUGAUUUUCUUUAAGAAGCAUCCAGCUCUCAAGCUUGAUGGAUUCACCUCACGCCAGCUUAAGUUAGUUCAGUUGGUCAUCAAAAAACACUUCAAAGAUCUUUCUUAUAUCAAAGUGAACAAUGCAGGUUCUAGUUCCCAACAAAUAGUUGUAUAUACAGACUCGGAGGAGGAACUAAACUUACUUUUGAAGGAGGUAAACGAGGAAAAUCACAGGGCCAAAAAGAUGAAGAUCCAAGCUGCAGUUGGAUUUCGCCAUGUUAUUGAUCUCCUUUCGUCAGAACAGAAGUUGAUAGUUGGUCAUAACUGUUUCCUAGAUAUUGCUCAUGUGUACAACAAAUUUAUCGGUCAUCUUCCUGGGACUCCUGAAGAGUUUGUUGCCUCUGUUAACAAGUGCUUUCCACAUAUUGUUGACACCAAAUUACUCAUGAACACUGAUAAUAUGCUCCAAGUCAGAAUGAAAAAGUCCAGAAAUUCGCUGGGCUCUGCAUUUUCUAUGUUUUGUCCACAAAUUGCUGCAGGCUCCAAAAGCACUGAGCUAGUUUCACCAUCCCAUGUAAAAAUAGAUGUUGAAGUUGAUGAUUCAAGAUUGUCUAGCUGGAAUCCUGGAGGCAAGCAUGAGGCAGGAUAUGAUGCUUUCAUGACUGGAUGCAUCUUUGCCCAGUUAUGCUGUGAUUUAGGAGUUGAUUUUAAACUCCAUGAAUCUUUAAAAUUAGCUACCAAUGAGAAACUACAGAAAUACAUUAAUCAUCUAUAUCUUAGUUGGAUGCAUGGGGAUAUUAUUGAUCUAAGUACUGGUGAUAAGGUUGCAAAUUCUUCACCAAGCUAUAGCCCCAAAAGACGGUACCCGAAUAUUUUGUUUGAGAACAUAGUUAUUAUAUGGGGAUUUCCUUCUAACGUGAAAUCAAGCGAUGUACGAGAGUGCAUAUCUAAAGUGUUUGGUUUAACUUCUGUAGUUUCUGUAUACCAAUUGGAUGCAACUGCAGUUUUCGUUCAGUUUAGCAAGACUGAACAAGUUUCCGACUUUCUUUCGUUGAAGGAAAACUUAGAGAGAAGUAAUGGUCCAAUCUCGGUUUUGCAUCCGCUGGCAAAACUUUUGGAUGGUGGAAAUACAUGUGCUGCUAAUUAUGAUACUUAUAAAGAAAUAUGUGGUUCACCCUUGUCACAAGAUUUAUUUGCUGAUCAGGCAAAUGCAGUUACCAUGACGCCGAAGAGUAAAUUGAUUGAAUUUAAGGUAGCAUUGAGGAGUGAAGAACAUGAAAAUCCAAGUCUACAAGAUAAUGUAAAUGAUGUUGCUGUGAAUUUUGUAGAAAAAAUCAAGCCAAACUCAAUUGAUCAGUUAAGAAAUGUUCAAUCUACUGGGCAAGCCUCCCCAUUUGAGAUUGAAGAUUCCCGUGUUGCAGAAGCUAACUUGUGA